CCGGACAGGGAGCACGGCGGGGGAUGGCGGCGGCCGACCUGCAGGAGCUGCGGGCGCUGGUGGAGCGGGCGGGCGGCCGGCGGGCAGUACUGCUGGUGGCCGAGGUGGCGGAGGGGGCCCCGGCGGCGCCCGCGCUGGCCGCCUUCGCCCGCGACCUCCUGGGCGACGAGGCGCCGCGCGCACCGUGCCCAGGGCCGGGGCCGGUGCCGGUGCAAGGGUGCCGGGAGCGGCGGGCGGCGGACGGCCGGCGGCGGGCGCUGGGAGCGCGGCUGCUGCUGGUGCUGUGCGGCGGCGGGGCGGCGCGGGGCCGCGGGGCGCGCAUCCGCCUGCGGGAGGUGGUGCGGGACGUGCGCGGCCGCCUGCCCGCGGGGCCGCCUCCCGCCGUCGUGGGCGUCCUGCUGCCCGGCGGGGACGGAGAGGACGCGGCAGUGCUGGACACGGCGCUGCGGCGGCACUUCCCGGCGCCCGGCACGGUGCAGGCGGCCCGGUACAGCCCGGGCAGCCCCGGCGAUUGCCGCGCCGCCGCCUGCCGCGCCCUGCGGGCCGCUCUGCAGCACCCCGCAGAAGACAUGAAAGACAGGGAGAGGUGGCGGUUCCCAUCCUUCCUGCAGUGCAUUUCUUGGAACCAGAGGAGCUGGAGAAAAGAUUACGAAGCAAAAGCUGAAAACAACAUCCAUGAAGAUGACCUGCAGGACCCUGAGGAAGAAGUGGCUCUGGCCAGCCUUUCCCCCAAUGGAAACUGCGAAGAAGCUGCUGGAGGCACAGGCACCUAGAUCUGCUGGGCAUCCAACACAGUCCACAUCCCAGACCUGCCCAGUGGAUUUGGAGCAGUGGGAGGAGGAGCUGGUGCAGGCCCUCUCCUCCAAGGACCCUCAGCUCCAGGGAAAAGCUGCUUGGCUGAACUCAUCAGGGUCUUUUGUAGCUGCUGCCAGCCCCUGGGGUCUGUGCCAGAGCCAUUCUCUGCUGUGCCCUGCUGCACUGGGGCACCUGGAGCUGCUUCUGGGCACUGGGCUUCUGAGAAGCCCUUUGGGGAUCUACCUCACAUCCUGGGCAAAAUGAUGAGUGUGAAAUGAAUCCACCUGUUUGAAGCAUGACAAAUAUUUUCUAAUUCUGAGCAAAGUUCACUGCUGAGGUUGCUGGGGCUGGCCUCCUUGGAUACUGAUUCUGCUGCCUUGCUUUAUUGGUGCCUGGAAGUUCCCACCCCACCCCCCAAAAAAAAAACCAAAAACUAAAACCCAAAAACAAAAACAAAAACAAACAAACAAAAAAAACCCAAAAACCCACAAACAAGUAACACAGUGGCUUGGAGACUGCACUGGGACAAAAUAUGAGCUCUAGGAUCUACCAGCUACUGAAAAGGCUUGAGUGUAAUGCUGUAAUGUGAAAAAUGUAGUAACAGCCCAGCUUGAGUGGCAAGAAUAACAUGAAGGAUUAUUGAUAGUACGGACAUCUAGAUCAGAGUGGGGUUUGGGAGCAGGAUCUGUCCUUCUGGCUUGUCCUGGUGCUCAUAGGCUAACUGAGGGAUGCCUGGGCUGGAGGGGUGGCAGGUGGGCACUAAGGUGUGGCUGGUGCUAGAUGGGGAUACAGGAGAGGGCCAUCUUACCUAGGGACAUCUCCAUGGGCAUCAUCAUUGGCCUGCAGCACAAGAUGUGGCUGUUUUAUAAAUAAACAUAAAAAUAUAAAUGUUUUCUAUUUAAGUAGUUCCAAAGGGCUGCCUGUAGCCUGUGGGGCAACACAACUAACUAGAAAUCCUUGGUUUACAGGGAAUAUUUCUCUAAUACUAAGAAUAUCUUUAAAAUUCUUUAUGCAACCUAAAAGAUGUCUUGUUUUAUUUUGAGGACAAGCUUGGGGCUGGCUUUCCUUUAUUAGUUUCCACCAGCUCAGAUCAGAAAUUUCAACCUGCUUACCUCUACUUUGGGUUAGUUGCCAAAGUACAUCCUCUGUGCAUGUCUGUCCUCUCUCUGGCUUCUUUUUCCCCACUGGAAGCAGAAGUGUCUGGAGUCCUGCCAGCUCUAGCCAGCACUCUCCCGCAGCAGUUUGGCUUUGGCAUCCCUCAAGCUCUUCCCAGCAGGGGAUGCUGCUCUGCAAAGAGGGCACUGACCCACCCUCCUUCCAGACUCCAGGAUUUCUGUGUUUAUGACCCCUGGAAGAUACAAAUGUAACAAAGUGACUUGGUGUGCGUGGCUGUAUUAUUGGCCCGAGUUUCAGCAGUGAGCGCUCAAUGCAUCUCGGUGAGAUUAAGGUUCCCUCCUGUUCCAUACCCCUGCACAGCCCAGAUUGCUGUGCAGGUCUGUAUUUCCCAGUAAAGCCCCUGGUUAGGUGGGUCAAGUGGGACUAACCAGUAGGAAUCUUUAUUUUCUUGCAGCAUUUAGCCUUUGCUGCUAAGCAUUCUCCAGUGAAGAGGUGGUCCAAGAGCACAGACUGGCGGUUAAACCUCCCUUAGUGCUGCAAAUCCACUGGAUUUAUUUACUGGUGCUUUUUAGGUAAACCUAAAACUCUUGCAAGUUUGCCCCUGCAAGAGACUGAUGGAAGUGAUAAAUUGCCCAGGCUUUAGGAGGUGUGAGCAAGAAUACAUUUGAAUAAAAGUAUUGUUUUUCUUUAACUGAGGAAUAAAAGAGACUUGAAUUACUUUUUUUUUUUUUCUUUUCUCUUUUCACUUUUUCUGCACUCUUUUCUGUGCACUUGGAGGCAUAACUAACUACAUGUUUAAUUGAUUGAAUAGUUUAAGGGCACUAUUACGUGUUUGUUGAAUAAAGACAAUUAAUUUCCAAAUUGGAA